ACCUGUGAGGGGUUGGGUUUGAACCAGGGAUAUUUCGGAGCCAGCGAGCGAUCCUAGAGAGACCCCGGAGCCGCUGGGAGAGGCUGGUGCAGCCGCGCUGCUGGGUUUUUCCUUUCCUUUUAUUCUCCUUUCUACAUAUCCACACACCUCCAUCAGCCUACAAAGACAUGACCACCAAUGCCAGCCCCGUGCACCCAUACUGGCCCCGGCACCUGAGGCUGGACAACUUUGUGCCUAAUGACUGCCCCACCUGGCAUCUCCUGGCUGGCCUCUUCUCCAUCUCUGGGGUCUUAGUUGUGACCACAUGGCUGUUGUCAGGUCAUGCUGCGGUCAUCCCACUGGGGACUUGGCGGAGACUGUCCCUGUGCUGGUUUGCAGUAUGUGGGUUCAUUCACUUGGUGAUUGAGGGCUGGUUCAGCCUCUACCACGAGGACCUUCUCGGAGACCAAGCCAUCUUGUCUCAACUCUGGAAAGAGUAUGCCAAGGGAGACAGCCGAUACAUCCUGAAUGAUACCUUCAUGAUAUGCAUGGAGACCGUCACAGCUUGCUUGUGGGGACCACUCAGCCUAUGGGUGGUGAUCGCCUUUCUCCGCCAGCAGCCCCUCCGCUUUGUCCUACAGCUUGUGGUCUCUGUGGGUCAGAUAUACGGGGAUGUGCUAUAUUUCCUGACAGAGCACCGUGAGGGAUUCCAGCAUGGGGAGCUGGGCCACCCGCUCUACUUCUGGUUUUACUUUGUCUUCUUGAACGCCCUGUGGCUGGUGCUGCCCGGAAUCCUCGUGCUUGAUUCUAUAAAGCAACUUGCUCGUGCCCAGAGCACGCUGGACGCCAAAGCCACAAAAGCCAAGGGCAAGCAGAACUAAUGAGUGAUGAACUGGGCUUGAACACUGGCUAUUGAGGAACUCUCCACCUGCCAGAAGAUUCCAAUUCUUGCUCUCACAGGUUGGAAGGACAAAUCGAAUUGAUCUGUCAAACUCAGGCUGAUGGGUGGACAGGGGGAAGAAAGGAGCUGUGUGGAGCUACAAAGGUACAAGAGAACCUUGGAAGUCUGUGAUGGGGACAAUUUUUUUAAAUCAGGAAAUAAAGAUCUUGACCCUA